UAUGCGCUUGCCGAGCGAAUAUACUCGCAGCGCGUCUCAUCGGAGCAUGCAUAGAUUCUACGUCAUUUCGCGAACGUUGCGCGGCCCCCGCGGGUAAGUUGGGCGUGCUGCAUUAAGCGAUGUCACUAGUACUCCUCACACUAAUUCAGCCACUCUUUGUGAACUCGACUCACUGGCCAGGGCCACAACUAUAGAUACCCACCCCGCGCUCGCCAGAGAUGAGCGGACGGCGAUGGCUUGCCCGCACUCGGUCAAAUACUAUCCGGACACGUGAUGUCGAUCGAUCCUGGAGCGCGUAUAUCAUCCUCAUCUCCAGCUUAUCCUCUUUCCCUUCCACAUCGUCGUCCCCGUUCUCUACCCGACUUAUUCUCGCUUUCACAAUGGGUGUCCUCGAUAUCGUCCCCCCCGGUGUCCUCACCGGCCACAAUGUCCACAAGCUCUUCGAGUACGCAAAGGAGCACCAGUUUGCCAUCCCUGCCAUCAACGUCACCUCCUCUUCCACGGCGAAUGCCGUGCUCGAGGCCGCCCGUGACAUCAAGAGCCCAAUUAUCAUCCAGGUCUCCCAGGGCGGCGCGGCAUACUUUGCGGGCAAGGGCCUCGCGAACGACAAGCAGCAGGCAUCCAUAACUGGUGCCAUCGCCGCGGCACAGCAUGUCCGCCUCGUCGCCAAGGCGUACGGCGUCCCCGUCGUGAUGCACUCGGACCAUUGCGCGAAGAAGCUGCUCCCGUGGUUCGACGGCAUGCUCAAGGCAGACGAGGAAUACUUUGCGCAGCACCAGGAGCCGCUCUUCUCGUCCCACAUGCUCGAUCUCUCCGAGGAGCCAAAGGAGGAGAACAUCGCGCUCUGUGUGCAGUACUUCAAGCGCAUGGCGCCGCUCGGUCUCUGGCUCGAGAUGGAGAUCGGCAUCACCGGCGGUGAGGAGGACGGCGUGGACAACACGGGCGUGGAUAACAGCAAGCUGUACACGCAGCCCCCGGAUAUCUGGGACGUGUACACCGCGCUGAGCAAGGUUGGCCCGAACUUUAGCAUCGCGGCGGCGUUCGGGAACGUCCAUGGAGUGUACAAGCCCGGUAACGUUCGCCUGCACCCAGAGCUCCUUGGGAAGCAUCAGGCAUAUGCGGAGGCAAAGCUCGGUGGGAAGAAGAAGCCACUGUUCCUGGUAUUCCAUGGUGGCUCCGGAUCGACGAAGGAGGAGAUCAAGACAGCAGUGCAGAACGGCGUUGUGAAGAUGAACGUCGACACGGAUACGCAGUAUGCGUACCUCACUGGUAUCAGGGAUUUCGUUCAGAAAAAGUCGGGAUACCUCCAGAGCCAGGUGGGCAAUCCCGAGGGCGCGGACAAGCCGAACAAGAAGUAUUACGACCCGCGUGUCUGGGUGCGCGAGGGCGAGAAGACGCUGGCCGAGCGCGUCAAGGAGGCAUGUACGGACCUGGGUAACGUCAACCGUUUGUAAGCGCGAGAAUGACGGAAGCGAAGGAACUUGUAUACGUAGACUGGUGAAUAUAUCAAAGCGAGC